AUGCUAGGAAGUUUCAUCAUAAAGAAUCCGUAUCUCGCAGCAGUCUCCUAUCGCAGAUUCGCUCAGCAGUUCUACAAGGCAGAAACAGUCGCAAACAAUCGUAAAGUUGGGAGAAGCAAACCCUUAGUCCCAAAAUUCACAAAACAGACGAAAGUUAAGAUAUCAGACUAUUUGAGACAAAUGGCAACUCCUGAAAUCGAAGCGCAACUCGCACCUCUCCGUGCGGCCGUCAAGGAAUAUGGAGACAUGAUCAGAGACCUCAAGGCCAAUGGUGCUCCCAAAAUUGAUGUUGACAAGGCUGUAAUUGAACUGAAAGCCAGAAAGAAGCUUCUGGAAGAAACCGAAAUUGCUUUGGCACCCAAGGAAGCCUCAUUCGAUCGUUUGAAACUCGAAGAUCUUCUCAAGCGCAGAUUCUUCUAUGACCAAUCCUUCGCCAUUUAUGGAGGAGUUACUGGACUUUACGACUUUGGUCCAAUGGGAUGUGGAUUAAAAUCCAACAUGCUUCAGGAGUGGAGAAAGCAUUUCAUUCUCGAGGAAGGAAUGCUUGAAGUUGACUGUACUUCUUUGACCCCUGAACCAGUAUUGAAAGCUUCUGGCCAUGUUGACCGUUUCGCUGACUUCAUGUGCAAAGAUCCAAAGACAGGAGAAUGUUUUAGAACUGACCAUCUGAUCAAAAACAGCUGUGAAAAACUUCUGGCUGAGAAGAAAACCACCGAUGAAACCAAAGAAGCACUCCGAGAUGUUUUAGCUCGUCUCGAAGGUUUCGAUGAUAAGGAAAUGCAAGAGGUCAUCACUAGAUUCAACUUCAAAUCACCUACCACAGGAAACGAUUUAACUGAACCCAUUGCUUUCAACUUGAUGUUCCCAACUCAAAUCGGGCCUACUGGAGAUUUCAAGGCUUUCCUGAGACCUGAAACUGCUCAAGGAAUCUUCGUCAACUUCAAGAGAUUACUGGAGUUCAACCAAGGGAAAUUGCCUUUCGCUGCUGCUCAAAUAGGUAUCGGAUUCCGUAACGAAAUCUCACCAAGACAAGGAUUGAUCAGAGUGCGUGAGUUCACUAUGUGUGAGAUUGAACACUUUGUUGAUCCUGAUGACAAGAAGUUGGCUAAGUUCAAGAAGGUAGCUGAUGUUCCACUUGUUCUUUUCUCUGCUUGUAAUCAAAUGGAUGGUAAACCAGCCUAUGAAAUGAAGAUAGGAGAAGCGGUUGAGAAAAAAAUUGUUAACAAUGAAACUCUCGGAUAUUACAUGGCUCGUACCCAUCUCUUCCUUAUGAAAGUCGGAGUUGAUCCUCGUCGUCUUCGUUUCCGUCAACAUCUUGCUAACGAAAUGGCUCAUUAUGCUCAAGAUUGUUGGGAUGCUGAAAUCCUCACCAGCUACGGAUGGAUUGAGUGUGUUGGACAUGCUGAUAGAUCCUGCUAUGAUCUGCUCCAGCAUUACAAAGCUACUAACGUCAAGCUCGUUGCUGAGAAAAAACUCUCAGCGCCUCGCACAUUAAACAUCGUUGAAGCUCAACCCAACAUGGCGAUCCUAGGAAAAUCUUACAAGAAAGAUGCCAAAAAAAUCCAAACCAAGCUAGCUAAUCUCAGUGCAGAUGAAGUCGUGUCUCUUGAGACUGAGUUGGCUACUAAUGCAUUGUUCAAGUUCAGUAUUGAAUCUGAUAGUUUUGAUUUGAAGCCAGAAAUGGUCAGUAUCAAGCGUUAUGAGAAGACAGUUCACGUUGAAGAAAUCACCCCAUCUGUCAUAGAACCAUCUUUCGGAAUUGGAAGAAUUAUGUACUCUGUUUUGGAGCACUCUUUCCGUCAAAGAGAAGGAGAUGAGCAAAGAACAUUCUUGGCUUUGAAACCAUUGGUUGCUCCAAUCAAAUGUUCCGUGUUACCUAUUUCCGCCAACGAGAAGCUCGAACCUAUCAUUGAAGCCGUUCGCGAUGAACUAGCCAAAUACGAUCUCAGCUACAGAGUGGACGAUAGCUCUGGAUCUAUCGGAAAGAGAUACGCUCGUACUGACGAGAUCGGUAUUCCAUUCGGUGUAACCGUUGACUUCGAUUCCGAAAAGUUACCUUGGUCAGUCACAUUACGUAACUCUGAAACUAUGGACCAAAUUCGUCUCAAUAUUUCUGAGCUCGGACAACUCGUGUCUGAACUCGUUUCUCAGCGCAAGCAAUGGACUGAUGCUACAGCUCAGUACCCAAAGUUCGAAACCAAAGCUGAAUGA